AUGCUGGUCGUCUACAGUGGCAAAGGUUGGGACUGGUCGGAGAGGAAGGGCAAAGGUGGCAAGGGCAAGCACCGCCGAAAGGAAGUGAAGAAGGUCACGUUCCUCUCGGACAUGUGGCGCUAUCACCUGGAGACCAAUCAGUGGUUCCCAAUCCGCUACGAUGACGGCCCCUUGGGAAGGUGGAAAGAGGGCGCCACGCCUGUUUACAACAACAGCGAACUGGUGUUGAUGGGCGGCUGCACAGAAACCUCUGUGAAGUUUGCCAGGAACGACCUUUGGGUCUUUACACCAGUUCGGGGUGGCGGUUCGUGGAGGAGGGUGCACACGUCCAAUCCACCAGUCGCCAGGCGUGGUCAUGUCCUCGUGGCCAACCAUUCGCACCUGAUCAUGUUCGGUGGCAAGACGACUCAUCGUCGGGAAGAGAGGGCUUUCGAAGAGAUGGAAGAAGAUAUCCCAGAUUUGGAUUAUACGCCACAGCCGGGGGAGAAGUGCCUGGUUGACCUGUGGGUCAUCUCCAAAGACGAGGUGCUCAAAGGCAGCUCCACGGACGAACCUCCUAGGUGGCAGGAAGGUGCGCCAUUCCCGGCGGGCUGCAGAUGGGGUGGCACUGGCUCUUUCCUUCGCGACUAUCUCGGAAAGAAGUACUUGGCCAUGUUCGGUGGUCGCCACUUGAGUGCCGGGAGUGUGGAGCACCAGGCGAGCAGUAAAUACGUGUACUACAACGACCUCUGGCUCUACGACUUCUUGCAGGAUGGUUGGUACCAGGCCCCCACCAAGGGUGCCAGGCCCUGUCCUCGGGAUCAUCACGGAGCAGCCACCUUGAACGACAAGCUCUACAUCUACGGCGGCCGUCGCUCCGAAGAGCGGUCGGGGCACGCGGUGCUGGCCGACGUCUGGAGCUACGAUAUCAACACACUCACCUGGACGGAGCACAUUCCGCUGGGUACAGCUCCCAGCGCUCGAUUCAUGCCAGGAGUGUCGGACAUCCUGUACCAGGGAAAGCAGCACCUGGCGGUUUUCGCAGGUGAGACGUUGCCUGGCUCGACGAAGAGGACAACGCUGAAUGACCUCUGGGUUUUCGACCCUUCCUCGGCCGUGUGGACGGAACUUUUUGCGCCAACCUGCGAAGAAAAGCCAGUCCCGGAAGAGUACAUCAGCUGGAGCACGCAAGGAAGCUCAGCUCCGAGAGACAGGGAAAUCGGCUGCCUGGCUCUGGUGUUCUGCUUCGGGCCAGCGCUGUACCUGGGCAUCAAGCAGCUGGUGAGGCCAUCACAGGCCCGGGAAAUGUCGGAACCCUUUCUCACCUGA